UAAAAGUGUCUCUAUAGGUGGGUGGUAGCCACUGCCACUUCAGGGUCCCUGGAGCCUCAAACAUAUCCUAAAUCUACCUGCAGGAGUAACUGCGUUCAGCAGGUUCUAGAUUUGGUUUUGGUUAUUUUGUGCCAGUUAUUCCAGAUUUGUUGGAGAUGAAAGACUUUGGGGCUGUUCAUCCAUCAUCCUGCUGUUCGUUUAGAGCCCGAGGCUCAGAUCACCAAAGCUAGAGCUGUUUCCUGUAGCCUUUGUCUUGAUACCUUUGUUUGUUUUGAAGAUCUCACGUCAUGUGUGACGUGUCAUGUGCAGGCUUUCAAACACGCUCUGUGUGAAUGUUUAGGCUCAUUACAGUUUCAUAGUUGCCUGUAUUUCUCUGGUCAUGGCCCUGAUGUGCUUAGACUAUGGCUGUACAACUGGCUAGGUUUAGUUUGUGACUCAUUACAAUAGAUCAAGUUUUCUUGGCUUCUCUAAACACAUGGGUGGAGACCUGUCCUGACACCUGUCUGGUCCUGAAACCUCUAUUACAUGACCAACAUUGAUCUGUGACACCAAAAACUACGUGGCUGGUGGAGCAACUGUCAUGGCACACUGGUAUCUUUUACACCCUGUGAGGACAGUCACAUUGUUGCAUUCUAUGAGAAUACCAAUCUCUGUAAGAAGGUGUGCCGCUGGUGUGUGUUUAAAAUAGUGGAACUUGACUGGAGUCUCAGUAUUUCUGCAGAACUGGAAAAGCAGGGUGUUGUGCGAAGGUGAUUUUCAGCAGCGCUAACAUAUUCAGUUAGCACAGGUAAUGAUUAUAUCCGUCUCAGCAAACGUGUUGACAGAGUGAGGGCUGUUGAGAAGUUGACAGAUCACAGUUUUGACAAUCACUCUUUCAGUCUGUCGUACAUACUGGACGAAGAGGCAGGAAGGGACGGGGGUGUAAGACCCCAGGUCCAACGAGGGGCAUCUAAAAUGGGGACAGGAAAUCAUGAGCAGAAGUUUGAUCAGCCAGGGGCCAUGGGACGCCCCAAGGGGCCCAGGCAUCGUCAGCAAGAGCUGCCUUUACGAAUCCUAGUGCCCACUCAGUUUGUGGGAGCCAUCAUUGGGAAAGAAGGACUCACCAUAAAGAACAUCACAGAGCAGACACAGUCCAAGGUAAAUAUCCAUCGUAAGGAGAAUGCAGGAGCAACUGAGAAGUCCAUCACUAUCCACUCAUCUGAAGAGGGCUGUUCACAAGCCUGCAGGAUGAUCCUGGAAAUAAUGGAAAAAGAGGCCAAUGACACCAAGACUGUUGAGGAGGUUCCUCUAAAGAUCCUGGCAGACAAUAGCCUUGUUGGGAGGCUCAUAGGGAAGGAGGGCAGGAACCUGAAGAAGAUAGAGCAAGAUACUGAGACCAAGAUCACUAUUUCUUCAAUACAAGACCUGACUAUAUAUAACCAGGAACGUACCAUCACAGUGAGAGGAGGGGUGGAGGAGUGCUGUAAUGCAGAAGUGGAGAUCAUGAAGAAACUUCGAGAAGCCCAUGAGCAUGAUGUGGCUUCACUUAAUCAGCAGAGUAACAUGAUGCCAGGUCUAAACAUGAGCCCAUUGGGGAUCUUCUCCUCUGGCUUGUCUGGUCUCCCCUCAGCCUCUGGUCUGAGAGGAUCUGACUACAGCCCCCUGCUGGGCCCCCCGUCAGUAUUGGGUAGUAUGUACGGGGUUCCCUCCUCUGGAGCAUUCUCUCAUCAGCAAACAACUGCUGAACAGGAAUUGGUCUACCUCUUCGUUCCCACUCCAGCAGUAGGAGCUCUAAUCGGGAAGAAAGGGCAGCACAUUAGAGAACUGGCACACUACGCUGGAGCCUCAAUAAAAAUUGCUGAACCAGACAAUCCUGAUGAUCCCGAGAGGAUGGUCAUCAUCACUGGACCACCAGGCGCUCAGUUCAAGGCACAGGGGAGAAUAUAUGGGAAGUUGAAAGAGGAGAAUUUUUUCACAGCUAACGAAGAUGUGAAGUUAGAGGCACAUAUAAAAGUGCCUUUGACUGCCGCUGGACGAGUCAUCGGGAAGGGUGGCAAAAUGGUCAAUGAGCUGAAGAAUCUUUCCAGUGCUGAGGUCAUUGUACCACGGGACCAGACCGCAGAUGAAAAUGAUGAAGUGUCUGUUAAGAUAAUUGGACAUUUCUAUGCUAGUCAGACGGCCCAGCGCAAGAUAAGGGAGAUCGUUCAACAGGUCAAACAGCAAGAGCGGAAACAACAGCAAACGGUGCCCACACCCGCUCAACCGUCAGAAUGAUCAGCAGAUGCCAACAAGCAGCAGCUAAUGAAUGUAGCUCAUGUGAGGACAAAUCGACAUUCAAGAAAUAUUUCAAGAAAUUAACAAAGGGAGAGUGAGACAGAGCGGGAAACAGAGAGAGACAGAAGCUGAUGAAGAGGACCAGCGGUUUAAAACAACCAAACAACUUAAAGCACAAAAAAUCAUAUCCAUUUGGGAAGUGUGGAUAUGAAUGAAGAUGUUCGAGUUUGUUACCAGGUCAGAGACUGACCUGAUAUUUCAUAUUGAGCACUUUUUAUUAUUGAUUAAGCUGUGCACUACAUCUACUAAUUUAUUAAGAGCAAAUGUUAAAAAGAUUUUAAAAACCAUUCCAAAUGUUUAUUCAACACAAUUUUCUUUGGAAACUCAUUUCAGGCUAUUUAAUGUGAGUAAUCAGAUUUGUUUGUUAAUCUUCUCUAGUAACUAAAUAGUAAAGCAUUAUAACUAAAAGCAUUAAGUGAUCUCAUAAAGGAACAUAAAUGUAUAAGACUGCUAGCUGUGUGCCAGCAUUUCACUUCCAGUUCUUCUUUACCACUGCUGAGUCCCAGCUUUUCUCCUCUGCUUGCUGCCCUUUUCUCUCUUCUUUAAAAAACAAGUAUUUUUUUUUUGUUUCCUUGUUCCUGACUUAUUCAUCACACAAAAUAAGAGCUGUCUGUGUGCCAACUUAAAAAAAAAGUACAGUCUCUAAACAGAGGUAGCUCUAGAUUCUUACUUUGGGAAUAUAAUGUUGAUAUCCUUUACUGCCCAUGUAUCAUAUUACACGCUCUUAAUAUUACCUUACACUUACCAUUCAAAAGUUUGAGUUUUUUAAAUAUAUUUUCACAUUUUCUGAUCAAAAGUGACUAAUGACAUUUCUAAUGUUGCAAAAUAUUCCUAUUUAAAAAAAAAAUUUUUUUAACUUUUCUAA